AUGGCUGUGUACCUGCGAAGAGAAGGCUGCCCGGCUGGUGGGGAGGGCACUUGUUCAGAAGACCAGGCCAUUCUGGCACGGGCCCCUGACUUUCCGCAGCCUAGGGAGCCGCCUCCUCCUUAUUACCCCCCUGGCCCAAGAGGACAGAGAUCGCCCGGAGUAUACCCCGUGUACGCCCAAGUCCCACCAAUAGUCCAAAGAGGCUUCUUCACUGGCAUUCCUCGUGUGACAGCUUCUGUGCCAGUGCAGACCUUGUGUCCCUACUGUGGGAACCAUGUCAUGACAGUGACAACCCCUGUGCCAGGCCUCCUCACCUGGCUGCUGUGCAGUGGCCUCUUUGUGUUUGGGUGCUUCCUGGGCUGCUGCCUCCUCCCCUUCUGCAUGCAGAGCCUCAUGGAUGUGGCCCACUCCUGCCCUGUGUGUCAUCAGGAGCUCUUCUACUACCGGCGCCUGGGAUUUGGACUAUGA